UCAACAGCCAUGCACUGCCAUCUAUUACGUUAUAUCAAGCGUACAUGGACGCUAUGUUCGGUGGCAGUCGAGUGUUUUACACCGAGAAUCGCUACAAUACGACCUUCACCUUUAUACAUUUGGACCCUACCAAUAGCACGGAAAUUACUUCGGUUGAUAUUGGCUACACGAAUCUCAGACGGUCUUUUGACCUGGUGCGUGACGGCAUCGCGUGCAGUAACGGCAUUAUCUACGUCAUGGACGGCUUCCUGAACUUCCCGCUGAAUGACGCUCACUUUGAGUUGACGCAUCAACCGGAUAUUAGUCUUGGAAGCGAUCAGCUGCUGAAGCUUAUACCGAGCGACUCCGGUAUCGAUCUGACGUCCUUGAAGACCAUGCACACGGUGUUCGUUCCCUCGGACUCUUCGCUGGACCCGCAGCAUCUCAGUAGGCCGGAACUGGAGUACAUAAACGCCAACCUCACUAAGGACGCGAAGAUGGCAAUCGUUCGCCGCCAUAUCGUCCCCAACCAAAAGGUGGAUUACGACAGCAUCAUCGACGGGUCCUUUGGCGCCUACGCAGGCAGCAUAAAUAUCACAGUGAUAGCUAGAACUGACGGGUUUUAUCUCCGUUGGGAUGACAUCGAAGCCAAGAUCGUCAAACCAAACAUUUUAGCCAUUAACGCAAUAAUACACGUGGUGGAUCGGUUCCUCAUGACGUCACCAUACCAGACCACCACACUUCCGCCGACGACUACUCAAAAACCUGUAUCAUCCGGUCAUACUAUACACGGCUCAGUUCACCCCCAUUAUGCCUUAUUUAUUAUUUAUUUCGCGUAUUUCAUUUGUUUCGUGUUUUCACAAGUUGUCAAGUAUUUGAAUGUUUGUAGAUGAUGCAAGUGAAAUAUUUCAUGAAUUGUUUCGUUUUUUUUUCUUUGAAAUACGUUGUGUUCUAUUUUUAUUGUAUACAACGCAACAACAUUUGAGGUCAUGAUGCAUACUUGAUUAUGUAUUAUACUUUGAAUUGUUCACGCGCCCUUUAUUUUAAGAAACGAUUGAUUGUUUAUUUUUGUUUUCUUGUAUUAUUUGUUUGCUGAACAAGUGAUCUUAAUGUGUGGCGAUGAAACCGUCAUCCAU